AUGUCUUCUGAAACUCCAUCCAAGCGACGAGUGUCUUGGGCCGACAUCACGAGUCCCGCGCGCGAACUGACAGACGCGCAGCCCUCCCCAUUGGCGAGCAUCCCCUCUCCAGCCCGAUUUGCCCUCGUCGUCCUGAGCAGUCUUGUGCUGAGCUCUGGCUUGUUCACAUUGACGUCCAGCUUCACAGUGGGCGAUCUCGGACCUAUCAGCAGGCAUCUGGAGGAAUGGUGGGAAGUGGGGGGCUUGAUCGGCUGGAGAGCCAUUGAGGUUGGGCUGACGUGGGUGCUAGGAUAUGACGGUCGCGACGCAGCGUCGUUCUUAUUCCUGACUCACCUGCCAACAUAUUCCCUCCUAUCCUUCUUCUACCAUGUCCGCCCAACUUCAGCGCUGGCGGCCUUGGGCGUUACGCUCGUGUCAACGACACUUCCCUUCGUCCUCUUGCGCCGGCCAUCGUCCGUGCACGAUCUUUCGCGUGCCCCAGCCGACGCCAUUCCCAAUCGAGCUAUCUUACAGGACAAAGUGACUACUCUGUUCACUACGCUUAUGGCAGCUUCGGUCUUCAGCGUAGUACUGUAUGCCAGCUACGCCACUUGGCUGCCAGCGCGAUUGGUCGUCCAUUUUGAGGGUCUCCCAGACAUUAGCGCCGCGCACGCAGGCCCCGCGGGCUUGCCUGUGCUUUUCAUGACGCUGAUUCCUGCUGGCUGGGCGGCGCGCGAUUUCUUGUUCGUCAGCUCCACGGGACAUUUUGCAGAAACCGCAGAAACCGACCCGUCUCCUUCGCCCCGCGAAGGGGAAUACCUGAUUGCGUCGGUCUAUCGUGCCACCUGGGGCAAACUCUCGACCAAGACCCAGGUUUUGAUUGCUCGGUCCGUCACCCUUGCUUUUGGCAUCUUACUCAACACUGUUGUUCAAGUCGCGGGUACAAUCCGCGACGUGUCCAUUGAAGGAGCCGCUACAUGGGGAGCGGUCUGGGCUACCGCUGCAUUGAUCACGGGGGCAACAUUUGGCUGGAUUGAAGCCGUUGAUGGUGUAUGA